CUCAGAGCUGAAGUGUAAGAUGAAGUUCGCCAUCUACCUGCCGCCCAAAGCAGAGAGCUCCAAAUGCCCAGUCCUCUUCUGGCUCUCAGGGUUGACGUGUACAGAGCAGAACUUCAUCACCAAAGCUGGUAGUCAGCAGGCGGCAGCUGAGCACGGCAUCAUCAUCGUCGCCCCGGACACCAGUCCACGUGGCUGUAACAUUGAGGGAGAAGAUGAGAGUUGGGAUUUCGGAACUGGAGCUGGUUUCUAUGUCAACGCAACUCAGGAGCCAUGGAAGACCAACUACCGCAUGUACUCCUACAUCACUGAGGAGCUUCCUCGGCUGUUGGCCAGUAACUUCCCCGUGGACGCAGAGCGCAUGUCCCUGUCGGGUCACUCCAUGGGCGGCCAUGGAGCUCUCAUCUGCGCCUUCAAGAACCCCGGCAAAUACAAGGCGGUGUCCGCGUUUGCCCCCAUCUGUAACCCCAUGCAGUGUGCCUGGGGGCAGAAGGCUUUCUCUGGCUACCUGGGCCCCGACAAGACCACCUGGGAGGCGUACGAUGCAACGGUAUUGGCUGCAUCCUACGCGGGCCCGCCGCUGGACAUCCUGAUUGACCAGGGGCGCGAUGACCAGUUCCUGUCUGCCAGCCAGCUGCUGCCCGACAACCUCAUCGCCGCCUGCUCUCAGAAGAACAUCCCAGUGGUCUUCAGACUGCAGCAGGGCUAUGACCACAGCUACUACUUCGUGUUUUCCUUCAUCAAUGACCACAUCAAGCACCACGCCAAGUACCUGAAUGCUUAAACACACACACACACAUGCACACACACACACAUACAUCCUUCUCCAGCCUCUGUGCCUUCAGAAGACAUCUGUGCAGGCUCUCGCACAUCAAGCCGCCCCCUCCCUCCCUGAUUGGCAGGUCUUUGUCCAAUCACAUCAGCUGUCUUCAGGAAUGAGCCUAUUGCAGCCGGCUGCGUGGAGUUAAGAUGAUGUUGUCUGUGUUUAUAGAACUCAUGUCAGCCAAUCACCUGAGAGCUUAUUUUGACCAAUAAACAUGGUAAACUUAA